UAUACACUGCCACUUGAACCAACACCACUUACUCUCAGCAGGUACAUCACCUAUACAUCCCAAUUCAUCUCAUCUGGCUCAAAAUACUUGACUGAAGUCCAUCAUUUUCUAAAAGACCUCUAUCCUGACUUCAAUACCAAUUGCAAACAUCUCAUGGUGCAAGCUACUAUCUGUGGCUCAAGAAAGAUAAGAGGUGAUUCCACAUUCCAAAAACUACCUCUUCAAUUAUUCUAUUUGAUCACCUUUUGUCUUUUUGCUAACAUCUCAGAUUCUUAUGAUGACCUCCUAUUCACUACCAUUCUUGCUUGCUGCUUUUAUAGCUGCCACUGGUCAGAUGAGCUUAUUUAG